AUGACUACGAUGGAGGAACGAGGGCAAUGUCCUCAAGAUUUAGUCGCGAUAUUUCAUGCUUCAUUCCACCCGACGAAAGGCAAUGUUAUUGACUGGUCGAUGAAGGCCAGUGAUGAUCUUAACUUGGAUGGCUUAGAAUACAGCGCGCUGCCCAGCGGUCUUCAUCUCGUAGAACAAGACGUUGUAUACUUCAACAAAGAUGGCCAACAGGGCGUAUGCAUUUUCCGCAGACGCCAAACUGCCGAGACAGGCCAUCGCGGAUUCCGGCUGAGCUCGUUGGGCAUCCUGCUCGCCAGAUCGCGCAGACCUCGGCCGCAGCGGCAUGUAAAGGCUCUGAAGGAGCUCAUUGAGACGGUGUACACGCGCAUGGAGCGGGAGGGCGUGUUGGAGCCCACGGAUGAGGACUGGGAUCCGGCGCGUGCGUUCUUUGAGGAGAGGAAACUUCGGAGGGCAGAUCUUGGCGGUGCGGGUGAUUGGGCUGGGUGGAGCGAGGAGCUAGAUGGUAUUUAUUCGGAGCCCAGCGACUCCAAUUUGACGUUGCACCUCCCUCAUUUAUUGCGAAUUCUUGGCCCGAGCUCGUUGACGCUGUACAAACAUAUUCUUGGGAGAAAGCGCGUGCUGAUAUACACGCUGCCGCCUGUGCAGGUUGCAUGCAUCUUAUGUCAUGUCGCAAGCGACCUGUGCUUUGAAAGCCAGGUGGAUGACAGUCCCAACUCAGGACACCUCAAGGGCAAACAUCACGAGCCAGUGAAUGUCCUUGGGAUGGUAACACUCACCGACUUGGAUAGACUGGAAGCAGAGAGCCGGACAGGACGUGGAUGGAUUGCUUGUACGACUGACGCAAUAUUUAUGGAGAAACCCUCUUAUUACGACCUACUUAUUGACCUAACAACCUCUACACCCAACAAAACAACCCGACCGACAUUUUAUGCUUCUAAACCGGUCACUCCACAACCCGGCAGCUCCCGUGGACCGUCACACAAACUGUCCUCUAUGCACUUUGCAUGGAGCGACGUGAAGCUAUGGAACGAAGUCGACAGGAUUCUGCGCCUUGACUCGGACUCAUUCUCGGCUUUACAUACGUGCUGCGGGGUGUCAACUGUGGAGCCCCCGGUCAAGUCCAAAUCGAUCACUCUGUGGACUGACGCGUGGCAGGUGUACGAGGAUGUGUGCAUCAUUUGUGCGGGGCUCUGGAUGGGUAAUUGGAGAGGUAACUCGACAAUGUCGUAUUCGACUGGGAAUGGAGCGGAGAAUUGGGGCAGCGUGCGGCUGGAAGGAGAUGACGAUCUCACACGGGAAGGGGUUGGUAAAGCGUAUGUUCGCAAUGUGGGUAUGGGCAUCGAGGGUCGACCAGCGAGCGACAUGGGUUUGUCUGCCGGUGGGACGUCGGGUGGAACGUCGAAGGCCAAUAGAAGGGUCAGUGCGAUGUCAUGGUCUAGUGGACGUGCGACAGUCGUUGGGACCGUUGCGAAUGGGAAAGGCAAACAAGUGACCUCCCCUGAGCCUCAACUUAACGAUUCUGGCCAAAUUGAUGAAGUCGACGAAACAUAUGGCCUGGAGCAGUACCAUACUGCAGAAGAGGAGUCACGGCGGAAGAAUGCACAGCUCCUGACGACGCUGGCAAUUCUGCAAACUUUCCACGCACACACCCUGUUCCAGCUCUCGGUAUUGAAAGACAUACUCACGCGACAGGGUGUAGACGGUGAUGGUGAUGGCAGGGAGAAGGUUGUGCUGUUGUCGCCGAAGGAUAUGAUGACGUUCGAGCUAGGACCUCUCAGCAGCUUUGAUGCACGAUAUUUGGAGUGGCUUGUAGAAGAAUACGGUGGGGAGGGAGUACGAGUCGCAAUAAAACGCGGCUGGAAGGACCUGCUUGUCGCCAUGCUUGGGACAAAGAAUGCAAUGGUUCCUGUGUUUUUGAACUUUUUGUACCUCGUUUUCUUCUCCAAACCUCAUGAUGGGCAGAUCAAGCGUUUGGUAUUCAAGACGGCUGAUUGGAAUUCUGUGGAUUAUGAACUCAAGAAGGAUCCUGGAAUACCGCGCCUGCCAAAUCUGAAAGUCAAAGUGCGCAAUGCUCAGCAUAAACCUCAGGUGCCACCAGAGCGCCAGCUCGACAACGAUGCGACGAUGGCGUCCGAGCCUACGCUAUCCACCCUCGCCAUGCUAGCAUCAGAAGCAGAAGCCUCAUCGGCGGCACAGGAAAGGCAGCAGCAGCAACAAGAGCAGAUGUUCAUGGACCCAUCAUCUUCCACUGGGGUAGUUAGCAAAACAAAGGAGCAACUACGGAAAUAUUAUCUCAAGGCACUGCAUAAAGUGGUGGAUGAAGCAGACAUCAUUAUUCUUGUCCUGGACGCGCGCGAUCCAGAGGGGUGUCGGAGUAGGAUGGUCGAGGAGGAAGUGAGGAGGCGCGAGGCGGAGGGGAAGAGGUUGGUGUUUGUGCUGAAUAAAAUUGAUUUGAUUCCAAAGUCCAACGCACAGGAAUGGCUGAAGUAUCUGCGGCACUCGACGCCUACACUGCCAUUCCUGUCGUCGGCAUCGUCGCAGCACCAGCGGACGAACAUUUCGUCGUCGACGGCGCCCGCGCUCAUGAAGCUACUCAAAGCCUACAAGCCAAAGGCAGGAAGUGUGACAAUUGGCGUCGUGGGGUAUCCAAAUGUCGGGAAGAGUAGUUUGAUCAACAGCCUGAAGCGAAGUAAAGUUUGUGCUGUGGCUGCUCAGCCUGGUCACACGAAGGAGCUGCAGUCGGUGCAGCUUGAGCGUGGAAUGCGGGUGAUUGAUUCCCCUGGAGUUGUGUUCGACGAGGAUGUGUAUGAUGAUGGAAAAGGGUCGAAGAAGAGCAGUGUUCUACUUCGCAACGUUGUCAAGGUUGAGGAUGUCGAGGAUCCUAUAGCUGUCGUGGAAGAAAUUCUUUCAAGAACGCCACCUGAGACCCUGCAGAAGAUCUACAACCUUCCCGAGUUCACAUCGACGUUGGAGUUCUUGACAAUGUUGGCAUUGAGCAAUGGGCGACUUCUCAAGGGUGGUACUCCAGAUCUCAAUUCUGCGGCUCGUCAAGUCCUGACUGACUGGAACCAACAAAAAAUCCCGUACUUCAGCACCCCGCCAACAAUACAUCCUUCCAUGAUCCCUUCAACUGUGGCUGCCACCCGUACUGGCGAAGAUGGUCCAGUCAUCGCCCCUGGUGCUGAGAACGUCGGUCAGGCACAGAUUCUGACAGAGUUUUCAAAACCUUUCCAGCUCGAAGGGUUGUUUGGAGCUGCUGAUGCUGGUGCUUUUGGUGGCGAUGGAGAUGUUGCUAUGGGUGACGAAGAUGAUGAAAAUGAGGUCUUUUGGGAUGCAGUAGAGACUCCGGAAGCCAUGGAUGACACUGUCCCCAUGGAAUCCGAUGACCUACGCCAUAUCGUGCCCCGAAAACGUUCCCGUUCGCCCUCAGAGGCUGCUCAAAAUUCUCGUGGCCCAUCCGAUCUGGCACAUUAUAAUCGCCAACCAAAACGCCAGCGAAAAUCAAAAGAGAUCCCCGCCUACGAUGCACAGCCUGAUAAAAAUGUUUUAGAACAGAUGGGACGCAGCAAUCCUUUGAAUAGAAAAACUCUAAAGAGAGACGCAAAGAGGGCAAGAAAGGCGCAUCGGGUGAGGGCUGGAGGAGGUAUGGAAAUUGACGAUCAGGAUUCCUUCUACACCGUGCUAGCCACGAUGAAGGACAAUACUACCGCCAUUCGUACACCACUCGUUAUCUCUAAUGCUCUAAAUACACCCAAUAGACUAGGCAACGAUGACUAUUUCGCCAUUUCACGUUCUUUGGGAAGCUCGAAACGUCAUGUUGGGACGUUUGAUGAAAGUGGACAUGAUGAAGUUCUUCUCAAUAAGCUGCAUGCCCUGGAAGACGAGCAGGCUCGACGGCGGUGUCCGAUAGACUCCAUCCCAAAUGAACUCUUGGCGCUGAUCUUCGAGUUUGGGUACUUGGAUUUCGAAGAAUGGCGGCACUCCGAUCCAGAAUUUCGAGAGACGAUGAUGCAAACAUCGCGCAGGUUUCGCCAGCUCACAUUGCACACCCCGUCUUUGUGGAGUGUUAUCUCUCUAUCCCUGUCCAACGUGGCAGAGGAGGUCGGCCGGCUUCCGUUUUAUCUGGAGCGUUCGGCGCAAUAUCCUCUCGACAUCCGUUUGAGCUCCUUCUGGGAGCAAGAUAUGACAGACAUUGUCAUGCCGCUCUUGGUCGCCCAUAGUAAACGGUGGAAACGGUUAUCUAUCAUUGCCACAGACUCCUACAUCUUCUCAUAUCUGAACGACAUCCCUGCGCCCAUUCUGGAUAAUCUCGACAUAUCAUACUUUGCGCAUGAACGGAGGAUUUCUCUUCCUCAAUCGGUUUUCGGUGGAGAAUUUCCUAAAGUGACGUAUCUAUGCCUGCGAAAUAUCGACCUGAACACCCUCAAACUUCCCCUCCAUGCUCUGAAGACGUUGGAAAUACGAGGGUACGGUACCUGGCCUAACCUUGAACGAUUCACUGAAAUGCUGGGCAACGGUGCAUCGACGCUCCAGCGCCUCAUUCUGCACGUCAAACCUGGUCAGAUAGCUAAUCAAUUGCUCCCUGAAGGCAGUCGCACGCACUCAAAUAUUGUCCUCCCGGCACUACGCAAACUAGAGAUAUAUUCUUCGGAGUGGCUCUCCUCGGCCAUCGUUUCAUUGUCGCGCAUAUUUGUGUGCCCGAAUUUGGAGUCAUUCGUCCUCCGUGAGGGUGUGGGUUCCGCGUCUGAGACUGCGCGCACGAUAGUGAGCUACACACGCUCCCCGCACAGACAUAAAGAUCUGCGCUUGUACCAGCCGAAUCCUUCGUCAUGGGAGCCCCUGUUCACCGGCUUUCCGGAUCGUCUGUAUGUCCAGGCUGCAAGUAUGGAACAUGCGUGUAUGAUCCUUUCUUCACCGUCUACAAUGCUGACGAGUCUGGAAUUGCGAAAACCAUUUUUGCUCCGCGCUGACUUGACCAGGUCGACGUUUUCUCAACUUAAAGCGCUCAAGCACUUGUUCUUCCUCGAUACGGCACCGAACCACGCUAUGCUCCAGCUGCUUGAUGGUUACCAGGACGCAGAAGUGGCGGAUGAGGUGAUACAAUCGAGCAGAGGGUCUAUCUCAAUACCCACUCUGGAAACCUUCGUCCUCGAAAUUGAUACCCAUACGAACCGACAAGAGCUUCUGUCUGGAUACAAAGAUGUCACUGCCAAUUUCGUUGACAUGUUCACACUGCCGUCCAUUCGCACGCUCGUCCUCAAGAACUUGGAAGCGCGACAGUGGAUCAACAUUGCGCGCUCGUUCGGUCUCCACGCUGAGGAGUAUACUAAACUCACGUCGCUGAAGGUCAUGAACAUGACUGAUGUCUUAGCUGUCAACGCUAAUGACGUUUUGUACAACGACAACACGCGCUCGUUCCCUCAUCUCCGCCGACUGUUGCUGGACACCGUCGGCUCAAAUGCAUUCAUGCACCAGCUCCUCCCUAAAGCAAACCCAGAAUCUCCGGGUUCCUUCGUGUUGCCGUGGCCUGAUAUGGAGGUGAUCUCUGUGUACGGAGAUGCGAAUGUUAGUAAGCCUAUGCUGCAUCGUAUCAUAUCUACGAGGGAGGAGCAAGGUAGACCUUUGAAGAUGCUCUAUCUUGACGAUCGCUUUUCGACCAACAAGGACUCGUGGAAUUGGUUGAACGAACACACCCAUGUUCUCAAGUCUAAACCUGGGUUCUUAUAA